CUGGGUACAAUUUCAGUUUCCAAAACAAACAUACAAGCAAUAUCUUAACAAGCAUAGUAACAAGAUAAACAUAUAUCCAUGAUCAUGCCAAUUUAACAUUAUCCCCUAUAUAUAUUUACCUAUAUAUCGAAAUUACAUCAACAAUAAAACAACACAAUAACCACUCACCUUGGUUGGUUAGAAACUUUCCUUUCCGAAGUUCCUUAGGUUUCCUUGGUUUCCCUUUUGUACCCUAAAUUCCAGAUUCAAAUAUCAGCUUAGAUUACUCAUAGUUUCAGACCUUAUUUUAAGAUACUUCCUUCUGCAAAUAUGUUCUAAAAUGUCUCAAAAAGCUUAUCAUAAAAUCUUAGCUCAUAACUCCUCGUAGUUUGGCCGGAAACAACAAAACAUCAAGACUGGCCCAGCUUACCCAACAGCUCGACCCCUCUGUCUUGUCCUCAUUCUCCAGCCCGAUUCCUUGGAGCUUCUUCUCCGGCAGCCCUACCCUGAAAACUAGACUCUUUUAACUUUCAGAUGGCUUUGGAAUCACAUCAAACGCACGAGUAUUCUGGGAGAACUCCUCGUUCCAAGUUGAUGUUACUUCCUAUCUUUUCUGCCCAACAGCAUCUCCCUUCUUGGAACUUCUUGACCAACGCAUGGUCUUGCUACCAACGCAUGCGUUCUUCUAUCAACGCAUAAUCUUCUCCCAAUUAAUCCUCACACACUCUUCUUUAUGUCCUUUGAAGAGAAUUUGAGUUCUCAUAUGAAGUCCUUGGCCUUAUUUAUAGGUGUCCAAGAUUGCUCCACGGCUGACACCUCCUACUUGGCCGCAUGUCCAAGUGUCUCUUCCUUACACCAUCAGCGCAACUUUUGAUCAACUCAACUUUGGGUGUCCUUCUCCUACAUAGCCAAUGCAUAGGGCUUAAUUUUGCAUGUCUCCUCAUGCACUCACCUCAAAUCCUUAAGGCUUAAGACUCCUUCCUAGCAAGACACAUGUCUGAUGACGUCCUCCAUAUGAACUCAUCCUUCAUAUGCGUCCACAAACCCUUGGAUGUUCAACGCAUAGUCUAUAAUCAACGCAUAGUGUAAUCAUCAAUGCAUUUGUUCUUGACCAAUGCAUGGUCUUGCUACCAACGCAUGCGUUCUUCCAUCAACGCAUAGUCUUCUCCCAAUUAGUCCUCACACACUCUUCUUUAUGUCCUUUGAAGGGAAUUUGAGUUCUCAUCUGAAGUCCUUGGCCCUAUUUAUAUGCGUCCAAGAUUGCUCUAAGGCCGACACCUCCUACUUGGCCGCAUGUCCAAGUGUCUCUUCCUUACACUAUCAUUGCAUUCUUACAUCAGCGCAACCCAAGGUGUCUUGCUCUACUUUCACCAACGCAUAGCCCUCAACUGUUACAUGUCUUUUUAUGCAUCCACCUAAUUUGCUUAAGGCUUAAGAUUUCCUCCUAACUAGCCACAUGUCCGGAUGACGUCCUCCAUAUGAGCUCAUCCUUCAUAUGCGUCCUCAAACCCUUGGAUGUUCAACGCAUAGUAUGCCAUCAGCGCAUAGUUGGCCAUCAAUGCAUAGUCUAUAAUCAACGCAUAGUGUAAUCAUCAACGCAUAGUGGGUCAUCAAUGCAUAGCAAUCCUUGGUUCCCUUUGGUUUUCAACACAGCACCAUCGCAACCGAACUUACUCAGUCAUCGCAAGCCUUAACCAUCGCAAGAGUCAACCACCAUGCGUCCAACCUAGCCCAUCGCAUGGCCUAUGUCCAACGUAUCCAUCGUGCAUGCCAUCGUCAACUUCCAACGCAUAGCAUGGUCGCACGGCCUCGACGUAUAGGACGGUUGCUCUUAGCAUCACGCAUAGCUUGCUCGUCAUCGACGCAUAGUCGCUCGGUUAGCAUCGACGCAUAGGAUGCUCGGCCGCAUUGACGCAUAGGACACUCGGCCGCAUUGACGCAUAAGAUGCUCGGCUGGUCCAACGCGUCCAUCGGGGCCAACGCAUAGCAAUGCCUAGUUCAACACUUAGUCAAUUUUCUCCUUGGCUUCCAACGCAUGACAAUUCUUGGCAAUGCCUCUUGCCAAUACUUCGGCCAAUCAUGUGUCCAACCUUACAAACGCAUGGUUGCCUUUUCAACUUCUGCGUUAAUGUCUCCUAAUACUUCACGCAUGGAUCCUUUUUGACCUUACACUUAGCCAAUAUUUCAUCAAUUAAAACUUAACUCAACACUACUCAAGGAAAAUCUAUUCAACACUUGGAAAUUUCCUUCUCUUCAACAUAGGAUUUAACACCCCCUUCCUCUGAUUGCUCAGUCAGAAGGAUACUUCCGUUGUACAGUGUUGGAAUGUGGAUUAUGAGUCAUGGGAUUUGGGAUUAAGGCGAAAUCUCAAUGAGUCGAGAUUGAUGAAUGUGCUUCCCUAUCGACCCUUCUUGUGGCUCCGAAUGUCACUGCGACAAACGACUCUUGGAGGUGGAACCUAGACAAAUCAAUCCAUUUUACCCCCAAAUCUCUCACUUAACAUCUUGCAUCUGAUGGCAAUGUCCAAAAUGCUCUCCUUUAUGAUAAUAUAUGGAAGGGUCGUAUACCCAAGAGAUUCGAUUUUUUCUUUGGGAGGUGAGCCAUAGUAGCAUCAACACUACUGAUACCCUUAUUAAAGGACUCCCUCGGUUGUCUCCGCCCCAAGUUGGUGCGUCAUUUGCCAUGCUAAUGCUGAAACAAUUAUGCACAUCUUGGCACGUUGUAAUUUUGCCCAAUCACUUUGGAGGUUUGCUUGGAGGAACAAAGGAUGAUGGAAUGAAAAAGGAGGUUUCCAGAACUGCAUUGAAGAUCAUAACCAGCAUGAAGCGUGAUUGGAUGCAGACAGGGAGAAAGCCUAGUGGCCUAUGUGGUGCGGCUUUAUACAUAUCUGCACUUUCUAAUGGUGUCAAGUGUUCCAAGUCAGACAUUAUAAAGAUUGUGCAUAUUUGUGAUGCAACAUUGACAAAGCGGUUAAUUGAGUUCGAGAAUACAGAAUCUGGCAGCUUAACGAUGGAGGAAUUUAUUGUCAUGGCAGACAAGAUCAAGGGAAGCAACUCUUAUACUCAUAAUGGCUUGAAUGCAACGAGUGAUGAAGUACUUUGCGUGCAUAAGAAUGAGUGCAAAAAGCCAUAUGCUCUUGGUCUUUGUAAAAGUUGUUAUGAUGAUUUUGUUGAACUUUCUGGAGGAUUAGAUGGGGGAUCAAAUCCUCCAGCAUUUCAGUGUGCUGAGAAAGAAAGAACGGAAAAAUCAAUGGUUGAGGAAGGCUCUGAUGACUCUAGUGCUAUUGGCAAAUUUUUUCAAGGACUAAACCCAUGCACCAAUACUGAAAAAGGAUCGGACAAUGUACAUGCAGAUGCAUCAAAAACUGUUAGUUCUAAAGAAGCUGAAGCGAAAGAAGCUGCAGAUGAGCAAAGAGGACUUGAUGAUGGUGCUACAAAAGCUGGAGCUGAUGGCCCAGGAACCAGUGCUUCAGAUGAAUCAGAAAAUUGGUCUGAUAUAGAUGAUAUUGAGGUUGAUGGCUAUCUUCACAAUGAGGAGGAGAAGCAUUACAAAAAGAUAAUUUGGGAAGAGAUGAAUCGGGAGUAUCUUGAGGAACAAGCAGCUAAGGACGCAGCAGCAGCUGCUGCAAAGAAAGCUUAUGAGGCCAAUUUCCAAAAUUGUUCAGAAGAUUUGAAGGCAGCAAAGGAUCUUGCAGAUGCUGCAGCGGCUGCUGUUGCAAAAUCUAGAAAGGAAAGACAACGAAAACGAGCAGCAGAAGCCAAAAAUGCCUCUCCUGCACAAACGGCAGCAGAAGCCACCAGACAGAUGUUGAAUAAAAAGAGACUCAGCUCAAAAAUCAACUAUGAUGUCUUGGACAAACUCUUUGACGAAUCUGCUGGUACAGAGCCUUCGACUAAAAAGAAACGUGAAGAGCAGGCUGAAGAGACUGACAAGCCGCAAAAUACAACUAAAGAAUUCGAACCCACAGAGGAUCAGGAUGAUGACGAUGAUGGUGAUGGAACAUAUGAUUCUGGUCUUUAUUAUGAGAAUAUGGAAGAAUACAACUAUGAACAAGAUUAUGGCUAUGAUGAAUAUGAUUGAUUUCCGAUAUCUUGGGUGAUUCAUAUUCAGCUGUUUGAGAUUACGAGCUAGUGUUGGCUGUCAAUAGUUAGCUGAUCUUAUAUUUUUAUUGUGCUGCUGUGUGUUCUAUUAGAUGAACAUUAAGCAUGCGAUUUGUUUUCUCUUUGAUUUUGUUCUCCCAUUUGUUUAAAAACUACAUUUGAGCCUUUUGUGCUCAUUUUCAUAAAGUUUUGCAAUGAAGAUAGAUUAGUUAACAUA